AUGAGGACGAUUCGCCCGCCCUCGGGCCCUCGGCUCAUCCAGAUGGCUCCGGCUCAGUCUCGGCUUGUUCACCUGCGCUGCGAGGUGCUUCGUCUCCUAUCCCGACUUCUCAUUAUCGUCUUGGCUCCAGCUCUCCGGAAACUAUUUGGUAAGUCUGUGAUGCACUUGGUGUUGGUCCUUGUGGUGCUAUGCUAUGCUGGUCAUUGGUACUCACGAAAAUUCAGCUUGAACAAUUUAGCCUUCAGAAAAGUCAGCUAAUAAUGGAGGUCGUUUUCUUAUGAAGUUUGGAGUUCACUAUAAGGUCUAGAAAGAGAUCUCUCAUGUGUGUCAAAAUUCAAUCUCUGAGAUACUUUCAAUAUCUAGCCAACAAACACCUGUGUUUAGGGAAAAACUUAAAAACAAAAAGGAACAGCUCUCGCAAGUAUCGAGUAUGAAAAGUUUAUAUACAGACUCAAAUAACGUUUGAAAGAAGUUCUAUAAAAGAAAACUAAGCCCUUCAAUGGCAUCAGAAAAUUAAAUUAAAAGUAUAUUGUCUAUGUAUUUGUGUGCUCCAUCGACAAGUCUGCAGAAUAAGAUUCUCUCUUGGAUAAGACACAUAUGUUGAAUGCUGACAAAUUUGAUCAAGAGACGAUGUGCGGACUACAAUUUCUAUCAUUAAAAUAUAAUUUUUUUCAAAAUUUCAUAGGCUCUAUGCUGCUGUAUCGGAAACAACGACAGUCUUACCAAACAAUCAUUUGGAAACUUUUUUCUGGUCUGUCCUGUUGAUUCAACGAUCAUCGAUCGAAACAAAGGUUGCUGCUCAUUCAAAAAAUACGAAACAUUACAUAUACGGAGUUUUCUCACUAAAUUCAGUUCUUCAUGAGCUCAGUUCUUGCUCCUCAAUGUUCUUCGGUGGUUGAUUGGCUGUAUUUUGACAGACUGGGAGGUGCGGUUUCAGUGAGGCUCGAAACGAACAAAAUUAGGUCGUUGAAAAGAAGGCAGAACAGAACGAGGGGGCGUGGCCAGACCGUGUGAGGCAGGCGAGGCGGCCAGGCACCAGCCACAGUCGGCCGCCGUCGCCGCCGCCGUCGCCUCGUCGGUCCGUCGUUCGCAAUGGCACUGCAUGAAUUCACGGACGUCGUUUCCGCGAAUCCAGUGGUCCCAUGGCGGACGACGCCCUUCUCGUUCUCCCCCCGAAGCCUCUCAGAAGUUAGGAUUUCCCUUUUGAAUCGUUUUCAACUUACAAGUAGGGAUUUCAUAACCGUAAACUAGUUAAUAGAUGAGUGUUUUUUAACAAAAUUUCAAAGUUUCGAGUAAAAGGAACUCUCUUUGUAAGCUGAGUUUUUGAAACGAAAACAUGCAAAUGUUAAAAAAAAGACCCUUUCUCCCUUUAUAAAUCAGCCGAAGCCUUUUCGUUGAAAGUAGGAUCUUGCCCGUUCUAUUCUGAGGCUCAGCUUUUAAAACUUGCUGCUAACCACCUGGGUAAUUAUCGUACCUGGAGCUCAUUAACGUCCGAGGAUUAGCAUCGGGUCUUCUGGAAACCCGGCAAUUUGAUGCCGGAUUAACCUCGCCUUUGUUGCAAGUCUAUUCAUAUACAUUCUCUGCACGUUUCGCUCGUCUCACAGGUAUUCAUUAAUUAUUUUAGUUCAUUCUUUCAAACAAAAACCAAGGUGGACUUUCUCUAGGAUAAACGAUAAAAGGAACCUUUUUUCAACGUUUCGAAAUGGCUGGAUCCGGGAAAUUUAAUUUCAAAUCUUCCAAAACUUCCCUUUUUCUUCACUGACGCGGUUGUUUUUGAAUGAGAGAGAACUAGACGCUCAAAUUUUCAUUUCAGAAACGCAUUGUAGCGGAAGCGAUUUUUCAAUUUUCCGACGGAAAUUAGAGAGGUUUAUGUAAUUGGUAGUCUGCUACUUGAGACACUUGCAAGAAAAAUUGCAAACUCUUUUCAAAUAAAUUUUUGGAUACCAGCAAACUUAUAAAUACCGAAAAAACAAUGUAAAAGAAAAAAAAGUUGGGGAUUUCCCAUAAAUCUCCAAAAUGUUUUUGCUGUUUAUUUCUAAAGAAAAUUUUGCAUUAAAAUAACUUUUAGCUCUUUUCUGAUGGCUGAGAAGUCGGACAUGACUUCAAUUAACGAGGAAGAUGACGUUUUGCUGCGACACCUUCAUAGAAGUUUGCUCCCUGAAACUCCCCCAACAAGCUGCGCGAAACAGGCUCCUCGGACCAAUAUUUCUCCUUUUUUGGAAAUAGGCGGCUGGCAAGAGACGUUGUACACGUGUGUGUGCAAAUUCAAACGUGAAUCGAUGGUAUCGGUGGGUGUUUGGACAGGUCGCCAAGCGCCCUUGGACAAUUCCACGAUUUCGCCUUAUUUGCAUGAGGGCCUCUCGCGCGCUCCCUCACAAAGGAUUACGGUAAGUUUUGCGAGAAACUUCCACCUUUUGAAGUUGAUGAUUGAAUGGCGUCGGCCGUUUUCUGUAUGGAGAGGUGCUUGGAGACUCGGCCUUGAGGGCCGGCAAUUAUGAGUUUCGGAGACAAAAAAACCUUCGAGGUCGUCCGUUUCCCUCGACCAUCGAUCGAUGUCGAGGUCUCUUUUUUUGGAGAAAACAAAGUCCCUGACGUAUUUGCCUGAUCAAAACGCUUGCUGGAUUCUCAGCGGUGCCAAUUUUCGUGGGAAACGUUUCUCUUUCUCUUGUGAACUAACUAGGGAAUGGUCUCCAUUCGCAGUGGGACUUCUGAAUGAGACUAGGUUCACUAGAUGUAGUUUUUUACGCUGAUUUCAAAUCUGGUCUCAAAAACUGCCCUCGAGACCUGUGAAAAAAGUUAGGGGCUCUCAAAUUCGAAAAAUUUGAUGUCUCCGAUUGAGCUCCUUUUUGGAGCGUAUAUAGAUCUUGUCCCUCUGGUCACGAAAAACCAUCGAAUUUUUCUCAAAAAAAUUUCGGAGCCCAGAUAUGAACUUUCAAAGCCCCGCCUAACACAAGAGCAUGCGAGCGCGGUGUCCUAUCGCGAUCCGACGGCUGUCGAAGCAACGGCAGCGAGGAGCAGUGGUAAGGCGGCGGACUGGGGAUCACGAGGUCAUAGGUUCAGUGCCCACGCUGUGCAAACUUUUUUUGCAAUUUCUCCUUUUUUGGAUACUUUCGUCUAACUGCUCCUUUUUUGAGUUUUGAGGCGUAUAAACACGAAAAAACUGCGUUUUGAACCUAUUCCAACCGCUGAAAAUUCUUUUUUGUCGCAAAUUUUUCAUGAAAUUUUCCGUGAUUUUUCCAUGUGUAUGAGCAUGAGUUGGAGUGUCAAAAUUUUUCAGAAAAAAAUUUUUUUGGUCUUUUUCCAAAAGCUGUCUGAACCGAAUUCAUCACAGCUACGCGGAUAGAUGAUGCGGAAAUUUUUUUCAAUGAUUUUUUUCAGACUGCGGUGCUCACUUACCUCUUCACGAGAAAAAAUCACCCAAAUUUAAUUCAGGUUUUUUUGCUGAAACUUUCAAGGAGGCUUCCUUUGAUCCGUGAAUAAAAUUAAUAGGGAAAAAAACCUCACUAAAAAAACUUCCGUUCAAUGAAAAAUUUUUAAAAGGUUAUAGUCAGACUUCGGCGAGUCAAAAGAUCCCAAAUAAAAAAAGAAAUUGGAAAAUAAAAAAAUAAAGUUUCUUUGAGAUAUAAGUUUUUUUGGACAUUUUCAAUCUUUUUCCAUUUGGGGCAAAUCGCGGGAAUUUUUCUUUUUCGGCAAAAUGCGAUGGUCAUAGGUGAGCCCACUGCAAAUAACGAAGGGUUUUUUUAAAGAAAAAAAAUUUUUCUGUGGUCGGUCAGCGUAGCUCUGAUGAAUUCGGUUCAGACAGCUUUUGGAAAAAGAAAAAAAAAAACCAAAAAAUUUUUUCUGAAAAUUUUGACACUCAUGCUCAUACACAUGGAAAAUCACGGAAAAUUUCAUGAAAAAAAUUUGCGACAAAAAGAAUUUCAGCUGUUGGAAUAGGUUCAAAACGCAGUUUUUUCGUGUUUAUACGCCUCAAAACUCAAAAAAGGAGCAGUUAGACGAAAGUAUCCAAAAAAGGAGAAAUUGCAAAAAAAGUUUGCACAGCGUGGGCACUGAACCUAUGACCUCGUGAUCCCCAGUCCGCCGCCUUACCACUGCUCCUCGCUGCCGUUGCUUCGACAGCCGUCGGAUCGCGAUAGGACACCGCGCUCGCAUGCUCUUGUGUUAGGCGGGGCUUUGAAAGUUCAUAUCUGGGCUCCGAAAUUUUUUUGA